AUGGAGCACAGAAAGUCAUAUGUGCUCGUCGCGCUCUUUGCAUUGCUUCUCUUGACCGAUAUUGUCAUUGCAGAAAGCAAUGGAGGCAAGGGCAACGGUAAUAACGGCAAGGGGAAUGAAGUACAAGUGGCCAAUGGUAAAGGAAAUGAUGACAAAGGCAAAGCUAACGGUAAUGGUAACGGUCAAAAGGACAAGGAGAAGAAAGACAAGAAGGAGAAAGACAAGAAGGAAAAGGAAGAAAAGGAAAGGAAGGAGAAAGCGAGAAAGGAAAAGGAGGAGAAGGAAAGGAAAGAUAAGGAAAGGAAGGAAAAGGAGAAGAAGGAGAAAGAGAGGAAAGAGAAGGAGAGGAAGGAGAAGGAGCAGAGUGAAGCGGCCGCGAGAUACAGAGUACUAACACCGUUUCGUACAGGACAAGAGCUGGCGAUAUGCCAGGCUCGCGGCGCAUGUUAUUACAGGACUCUUGUUUGUCCUGGUGAAUGUCCCAAGAGGAGGCCCAUGACGAACAGAAACACCAAAGGCUGCUUCAUUGACUGCACUAGCAAAUGCGAAGCUACUUGCAAAUGGAGGAAACCAAACUGCAAUGGCUACGGUUCUCUGUGCUACGACCCUCGAUUUGUAGGAGGAGACGGUGUGAUGUUCUACUUCCAUGGAUCCAAAGGCGGAAACUUUGCCAUCGUUUCAGACGAAAAUCUCCAGAUCAACGCUCAUUUCAUCGGUACAAGGCCCGUUGGCAGAACCAGGGACUUCACAUGGGUUCAAGCCCUCAAUGUCAUGUUCGAAAACCACAAGCUUGUGAUCACAGCCAAUAGAGUAAGUCAAUGGGAUGAAAAAGAUGACGCUUUUACCCUCAGAUUCGAUGACGAACUCAUCACACUUCCUGAAGACGAACAAUCCGAAUGGAAGGCGAUUUCCGGACGAAAUAGAGAGAUCAUCAUCGAAAGAACCGACGAGAGAAAUAGCGUAAGAGUACUUGUCUCUGGUCUUGUUCAGAUGGACAUCAAAGUGAGACCAAUAGGGAAAGAAGAGGACAGAGUUCACAACUAUCAGUUACCGCAAAAUGACGCUUUUGCCCAUCUCGAGACUCAGUUCAAGUUCCUAGACCUAACUGAGUUCGUCGAGGGCGUUUUGGGGAAAACCUACCGUCCUGAUUACGUUAGCUCGGCCAAGACCGGAGUUCCAAUGCCUGUGAUGGGAGGAGAAGACAAAUACCAAACUCCUUCUCUGUUUUCGCCGACUUGCAGACUCUGUAGGUUCAAGCCUCAAGAAGAACCACUCGCAGCUGAUAUCUAA